AUGGCUCUCGCUGCCUAUAGAAGCAUCCUUCGCGCCACCCGGCUGGCAUUCCAAGGCGAUGCCUCUGUUUUGUCUGCCGCUAGGAUGAAGGCGAGAGACGACUUUGACGCCCAGCGCAGCCUCGAUCCCGACAGUGAAGACGCGAAGAAGGCAGUGACCCACGCAAACGACGUUGCUAAAUUCUUGAGAGAGAACGUCGUUCAAGGACAAGCCAACGACAACGGCAGAUACAAGCUGAGGAUACACGAGCACACGGAACGCGGUGACAAUGAGUCCAUCAAGCAGAAUAAGGGCAACAAUACUCUGUCAGGCGUGAAAUGCUGUUCAGCUUGA